UUAUUUUCGUCUUCUUUCGUGGCUUAAAAUAUACCUAGUUUUAGGGAAUCCCGCAUAUUAUGCUACAGUACUCGCAAUGCAAUAACAACCACAAUAUCGUUGGCCCGCGACCGUCGCUCGCCCCAUCACAGAACGGGACUGCGGCGACUUGUAGUUGUUACUUGUUGUCGUUGUCUAUUACUCUAUUGUGUCCAUAUUGCUCGUACACUCGUUCUACUCGUCUAAAAUCUAAGUUAUGUAAUCUACUACUUCAUUAAAACGACGCCACGUUAUUACGGUGCAAUUAUUUUAUUCGUCACGUCCUUUGAAUUGCCAAUGUGUGCAUCAUAAUCAUUGAUCAGUGUUUUUUUUUAAACUUUUUAUGUGAUUUACCAUUUACGAUAUUGCUUUAUUUUAUUAAGAUCGCGCUCGUGAAAGAAUUUAGAGGAUCGGUUCACAGUUGUAUACAUUUCCGUUGUUGUAAAAAAUGGAUCAAACCAUAUUUGAAAAAGACACCACGCAUGUUGUAGUUAAAUUUAAUGAAAAGUCUAAAAAUGGUAAAAAAACCAUUGAUCUUGUGCCUGUUGAUUGGGUAUUUGAAAGUGAGAGAAAAUUAUAUUGUAAAUAUCCUUCAAAAAAAGAUUAUUGUAAUUUAAAUGAAAUGUGCAAAACCUCUGCGGCACAUGGACCAUUUUGGAAAAGCUAUGGAAUAAGUGUUAUUAAACAGGCUGUAAAUUUUAAUCAAGGAAUAAGACGAAUGGAAAAAGCAUUUUCAGAGGAAGUAGUUCAGAGCAGCAAUUUAGAUGAAUACAACAGUUCUGAGUUAGAAGAUGAUUAUUUAAAACUAAACAAAGAUGAUCUUAAACGAUCCUUGAAAAGUAUUCCUGUUUUUAUAAAGAAUCAUGAUGUGGACGAUGAAGAGUUAAAUGAUAGUGAUAAAAAUAGCUUCCAUUCGGAAGAUUAUUUAAAACAGAACUUGGUAUCCGAUAAUAGUAUUUCAUCAGCAUUAUCAUCGCCAAUUCUUUGUCAUAAAAAGAAAUCAUUAAAAAGAUCCAGAAAGAGUGCUGUAGUAACCUAUGAUAAUACAAGUUCUGGUUCGUCAACAACUUCAUCGCCCAAAAUAAUUAAAAGGUUGUCAUCAGGAACAACUAAAAUAAUUGGUAUAAAAAAUAAAAUAAUACAAUCCCCAAAAAAUGUAAAGACCCAUUCAAUUGAAGAAAACAGCAAUAAAAAAGCUCAAACUUCAUCAGACAUUAAAAGGAAGAAACAAUGCCCAGCUUGUGGUUGUACGUGUGCUACAGGUAUGCCAGCUUCAGAAACUCUUGUUUCUAAGGCUAAUUUGGAAUCAGUUAGAAGAAGCAUAGAAUAUAGGAUAAUAGAAGAGGCAAAAUCCACCAGACACCUAUUUGCAGCACACAACAAUAUUGGGGAUAUUGACAAAAUAAUGAAAGAUGGAACUAUAAUUGAUAUUCCCAAAUUUAACUUACAAGACUUUCAAGAUUUUGAUGCUGAAUUAAAAACUAAUUUCGAAUUAGUAAAGAAACUGAAAUGUUUUAUGGUGUUAAAUAUUAAUAGUGAAGAUAAAAUAUCGGAAAAUUUAAAAGCUACUAUUCCGAAGAUAAUAUCAAAGGAUGUACAGCUAUUAUAUAGUGCUUUUGGACGGGAGACUAAUGGAUGCAAAAAAAUGAACUUCUCUAGCACACUAACAUACAAAUACUUAUUAGAAGUCUUAACUUGCAAAAACCCUAAUCUAAAAAUCAAGGAUAUUGGCAGCCAACUUAGCCGUUGGUUUUCAGGUGCCAAGGACCGCGAAGGUGGGAAGAAAGAAAGGCUUUUCAAAGAUAAGAAAUACAGCCAAAGUACUGAAGAUAAAAGUGAAUAAAAUUAGUUCAAAUAGAGAUAUUUGUUAUCUAAAAGUUAAUUGUAUUAAUUAAAAAAUGUGUGUUUUAAUAAAGAUUUUGA